AGGAGAAAUAGCAAUGUCAAACAGCCUGAUAGUCCCCAUUGUUCUAUGGGGCAGUACACCCCCAACCCACCGUGUAUCAGCUGUCACGUUUACCCCGGACUUCCAAAAUAUUGUAACAGGAUGCAGAGAUGGCCAAUUGUGUGUGUGGGAUGUGAUAGAUGGCAACAUUGCACCAAAGUUGAUGAUAUUUGGACAUUCUAGUAGCGUUGUAAGUGUCACUACUGUAAAGAAUGACUUCUUAAUGAAAGAAGAGAGCAAAACUCAUUUUGUGAGCGCUUCACAAAAGGGAGAGGUUUGUCUGUGGGAUAUAACAGAUGGAAGGUGCUUGGAGCAAAAUAAACUGUUGGGCACGCCUACCUGCAUUCUGGGCCAAAACUUUGUAAUAAACAAUGAACCAAAGCGGUGUGUAUUGUGCUAUGGUCAGUUUGCGGAGAUUUUAAUUUUAAGUGCGUCAACUUUAAGUACUCUGCUGAGUUUAAAUUCUCGGAUAUACCCUGACUGGAUCGCAUGCGCUUGUGUGGCACCUGUACAGGCUGUUGGUGAGGAGUGUAAUGUUAUAGGACUUACAGUCAGUGGCAUGAUAAAGGUGUGGCGACUACCAUCAAGCUCCUCAGCUAAUGUUUUAUACGAAGAAGAGUCACGACAAGUAAACUACACUAAUUCAAUAUCAGUAAAAAUUUCCCAAGGUGACUCAAAAGUGAUGCUUAUAAUCUGCACACAUGCGUGGCAGGUAUGUGAUUAUGGAGAUUGUUCACUUCUAUGCUACACUGCAAGUGUACCAGGUCAACCUUGGAGUGGUGGGGACUUUGUGUCAGAUAACAGUGUAGCAGUAUGGUCCAAAAACGGAGUUGUUCAUAUAUACCAACUGCCAUUUUCUAUCGGCCAGCAGGAGUCCUACCGCUCAAGUUUAAAGCAAAAGCAAAAUCUUAUACCAAAAUCAAUUCGUACUUUUAAUAUUUUUAGUUCAGAGCAACACACACUGCCACCCAUAAUAAAACUUUAUUGCAACAAAGAUACAAAUAAACUGCACUUUGUAACUGGCGGGUAUGAUGCCUCAGUUGCAGUAAAUCAAGUGAGCAUUACUUUAGAAAGUGAGGUUUCAAAUACCUAUUCAAACUUUAAAAAGCUAUGGGAAAGCUUAGACUCAAAACCACCUGGUAUUAUUGAUCAACUUAGUCAUGACCCCAAAGAACCAUGCAACGUGACUGCUAGUUUAUUUAUUGCGCAAUAUUGUUACCUGUGCUGCGGAAGAGAAGACGGCUCAAUCGUUAUUGUCCCAGCUGCAAAAACCUGUAAAUCUAACUUACUGCAAGAUGAGUUUUCAAGCCGUAAGGGUUGGCCUCCACAUAGAACUCUGCGUGGACACAGAGACAGAGUUACUUGCUUGCUAUACCCUUACCAAGAAGCAUCGAAUCGCUACUCACCUGAGGUCUUGGUUUCUGGUAGUGCAGAUUUCUCUGUUGUAGUGUGGGACAUUAUGGCUGGCACAUUGCUGCAUUCGUUCCACACACACGGUGGGGAAGUAUAUCAACUCUUAGUUCCACCUGACACCUGUAACCAGCGCAUUAAACAAUCUAUAUGUUCAGUAGGAAUUGAUCAUUCAGUAGCAUUGUUGAACCUACGAGAUCGGAAAUGUAUUCUGCUCGCCUCAAGACACCCCUCCCCUAUUGUAGCGAUCAGGUGGCGUCCGGAAGAGGAUUUUUUGAUCAUUGCUUGUUCCGACUGCUCAGUCUUUGUUUGGCAAAUGGAGACUGGUCACUUGGAUCGUUUUGAGCAGGGAGAGGUAGCAGCAAACAUCCUCGCUGCUUGUGAUGAGCAAGAAAUUGGUGAUACCACCAAACCACAACACUCUGUCAACAUAUCCCAAGCUCUGAAGCAUCGGAAUAUAAAUGCAUUUAAAGCUCUUGCCCAGCAAGGUUUGAAGUCGAUAAUGGAUGGUUUGGAUGACCAGGAUAAAUCAGAUGCAGAUACAGAAGCGCGGCUUCAUCUAUCCAACAGUACGCACAAAGCAAUGCUUGUCUCGUCACUACGUGCUAGCUCUGCCAACGACACUGACUCGCAUAUUGUAUUUUUCAACACUGAAGCUCUUAUCGCAAAACUCUUGCUCGAGCAUUCUGCGAAAGCAGUUAAGAAGAGCAGGAUCACAGAGAGGAGUCGGAAUCCUGCAUCUGCUGGGAAGAACAUGAUCAAUAACUUGAUUAAACAAGUGAAAAAUCAACUUUUGGAUGAUGGAAGUGACCUAUCUUCUUCUGAAGCCAAUGAGGUGCAAGCACCAAGCAGAAAGGGGAAGAAGUCUCCAUCUCUUCUUCAGCUCGACUCUGCCAUUGACAUCGCUCAAAUCAUAGUCUCGUGUUUACAUGCAUGGGGUAUGGACCCAGGUAUUGAUGAUCUUUGUAUAGAGAGACUUGGACUUCUUCUCCCAAAAACAUCAAUCUGCUUUGGAUUGCUCUCACAUGGAGGACAUAUGGCUCUGAUGAUGCCACGUAAAAUAACAGGAACACUUCAAGAAAACGAAAAUGGUAAAUACCACUGGGGCAUUUCAAGCUCCCUUACCACCCAACACUUGACUGCAGUUAUUUCACUCGCAAACACAAUGAUGGAACUUCCAAAUGCUUCGUUUAAGUCAAAGAUGAAGAGAGCAGCACAUGAGACGACUGACUCCACUUCAGAUGACGUCUCAAGACACAGAUUAGAUUCUGUUGAGCAGUCCCAGGUGAAACAGAGUUGGUCCCUUCUUGCCACCCUACACUGUGUGUUGCUACCUGAACACAUGGAAGGAGAAUUCUACAAACCUCCUAAACUAGAAUUUCUUGCAAGGCGAUGGCAGGACAGGUGUCUGGAGCUAAGGGAAGCAGCUCAAGCUCUGAUGCUCGCUGAGCUUCGUCAGAUGGGAGCAAGUGGUCGGAGGAAAGUGGUUGAGGUAUGGUCUCACCACAUCCCAGAUUACGUGGAGCAACAGCCUCAUCCUGUUGAGAUGGAUCAUCCUACUUCUCCCGCAUCCUCUAAUAUGAUCCCAGAUGAGGUUGGGGAUCGUUCAAGUCUCCAUAGUGAAGAUCUCAUCAGUGCUCCAUCACAUCAUACAAGACACAACACAACGAAACUAUCAUAUGAGGUUAGAAGAAGGCAUGCAACUGCUAUCGUUAUUCUUGGUGUCAUUGGUGCCGAGUUUGGACAAGAAAUUGAACCACGGCGUAAAGUGCGAAGUAACUCUGAUAUCCCUGAAGGCUUUGGCCUGUGUGACUACUCUCUUGCUCGCCAUACUUGCAAGGCACUUGUCUACCUUCUGCUACAACCCCCAUCCUCCAAACUACCAGCUCAUAUACCCAUACGUCGAGCUGCCAUUGAUCUCCUGGGCCGCGGGUUCACCGUCUGGGAGCCAUACAUGGAGGUAUCAGCCGUCCUUCUGGGUUUGCUGGAACUUUGUGAAACAUACACUCGCCACAUUGCGAGCAUUCAAAGCGGGCUUCCACUCAACCCAGACGCAGAUUCGUGCAGGUCGGCCCACCAUUCCCUAUCCCUGAUAGCCACGGCUCGACCUCUAACGUUCAUUACCACCAUAGCAAGAGAGGUAGCUCGGCACAAUGCUGCAGCUGCUAACCCGCAGCACCAAGCACUCCUCGCCAGCUCUGUGCUCGUGCGAGCGAAGCCAGAAGUCCUUAGAAUCAUUGAGCUCCUCGCUGACAAGAUGAUAAGCGAUGUAAACAACGUUCUUGUUGAAGUAGUGGACAUUGUCCUUUUCUGUAUCGACAUAUCUGGGCUUCGAAACUCCUUUGGUCUUUUAGAAGCCGUUCCUGCUCUGGCUAAAUUCCACACUAUCUCAUACGACCCCCGUUCUAAGAGAAUCGCGGUGGCGGCCGGCAACGGAGCGAUCGUUCUGUACGACAUUCGAACCUGCAAGCAUCAGAUCGUGCCGAGAUCCGGCGGUCGAAUCACGGCGCUUUGUUUCUCGCCAGAAGGAAAGUACUUGUGCGUUUACAGUGCUGAUGAAAACCAACUGAGUUUUUGGAUAACUGCUACCAGCUUAUUCGGCAUGCUGCAGUCGCAGGUCAAAUGCAUUAAGACACUCAGUCCACUCAAAAUGCAUAACAGCAGUGCGCAGACGAACGGAGGGAUGUCCCAUUCCAGAUUAAACCUGUCGAAACUGGUUUGGGUGAGCAACCGAGUGGUCGUGCUUCUCACUUCUGAGGGAAGUGAACACCGUUUUCACAUUUGAGUGGCUGAUUCCGCUGGGUGGCGCAAGGGAGCACGAAGUGUGAAAUUUCGUUAAAGCAAAGAUAAAUCUCGUAUGGACGGUUUAUCGUUCUUGCGUGAACGUCACACGUGAUAUUUCGUGACACGAUCAUAUGAUAGUUACAUUACAGGCAUCACGAUGUGUUUUACUGCUUGUGAUUUUCGUCUCAAAUACUUUGUGCAAUAUUUUGUUGUAUGUGUUCGUGCUAUUAAUUUAUUGGGAACAAUCUAUUCAAUCGCAAGCUGUGUGUUUCUCGUAAUACAAAACAUACAUAAGGCUUA